AUGGAAACGUCGGGCAGCAUCGAACCCAUCACAACACAGAAGCUGCCAGGAAUUUCAGUGUCGAUGCAGACAGAAGCUAGCUGGCUUAAUGAACACGCCUACAGAAAAUCAAGUAAGAAACAGCUUUGUUCGAGAAAGAGGUUGCUCAUUGUAUUGCCUUUCACUCAGGCUGCCUCAUACCCCAGUGUCUUUCGUAGAAGACAUGUGAGUUUGCAAUUUCCCAGAGAUGCUUUUGCAAACUGGCGGCAGACCUCCCUGUCAGAAGAGUUCAGCAGCUUAGAUGUUUUGUGUGACAUGGAGUUCAAAGAAGAUUUUGUGAAGCUGUUCAAAAAAUCUCUGCGCACGCUCCCCUCUGUUGGCCUGCCUACCCUUCUGGCCUACAGACCCGAAUCGUCACGAGAAAACAUAGAGAUUGAGACAGAUGAGGACUGUGCUCCGAGGUGCGAGUACUGUGGCAGCCUGCUGAAGCCAUUCCCUUCCUUCGAAGACGCUUGCCCACCGUCACAGGAUUAUGAAUUAAAAUUCUGCUGCAAGCAUAAUCGAGACCUCUAUGAGUUCAUUGUAAAUGAGAGGAAGAACCACGAAGGUGCCUGGAGCGUUCCCAUUGCUGUCGGCCCCCAUGAAUCCCACGGUACCGAAGCUGACAGGCUGCUGUCAAAGGAGAGAGCAUACCAGAGGCAGCAGGAGAGACAAAUGGCCAGACAGUUAGCUUUCCUGGCAGCAGGGCCGACGGGUGUAGCUGAAUGUUCAAAUCAAGCUGGCACGAUUUCCUACCUGCUUUCUCAGGAGCCCCCAUCGCCAAAGGGCCGGACGCUGGUGCCUGGUGAGAGAGCAGCAAAGCCCGAGGAGGAGCCCAUCUCCUACAGCGUCACCUGCUGCGAUUUCACCCCUGUGGGUGGAAAGGUAGUGAAGAAUGAAUUGUUGGAAAAAUACUACAAACAUGGAGGGAAAUUCCUUACCAUGUUUCCAGAUGGAACAGCGCAGUUAUUCUAUCCGUCUGGAAAUCUGGCAAUCAUUGUUGUACGAGAGAAAAAAUGGCUUAUUUGCAUAGUACAGGAAGACAAGCCGAAUAACGCCGAAAUACGAGCAGUAUUUAAGUCCAAUGGCAGAAGUACUUGCUAUUAUCCAAACGGAGCUGUGUGGAUAAACAUGAGUAUUCAGGGAGGGCAGUAUUUGGACCAAGAGGGCAGCAGGAUGAGAAGGUGGACGUGGCCGAGCAGCAUCAUGUCAUCAGGACCCCAUGUCCCGCUGAGCCCCAUCUUCAUCUCCCUGAACCGGCACAUGGGGGUCAGGAUCCUGGGCCAGGACAAGAUCACCGUUUCCUUCCUCGCCAUGGGGCAACAAGCAAAAUUCAGCGUGGGAACCAAAGUGCAGGUCAGCGAUGUUGGCCAGCUGCCUCCCCCCACCUGGCUGGGCGAAGAUGAGCUCCUGCUGCUUGCCUUCAGGGUGAGGAUCCUGUGGCUCUUCGACAGACUGCGAGGAUGCUUAAACUUUCCUUCUAAUGAGCAAUGGGACAAAAUCAAGCCUCCAGCGUACCUUAUCACACAGACUUUAAAGAUCUUACAGCUUUGCACAAAUUCUGACAUAAGUGAUGAGCUACGCAGCUCGGUCAGGGCGAUAGUAAAUGCUCAAGUCUGA